GUGACUCAGAAUUUUUCUUUGUCCCACGUUCGUGUCAUGUUGAUUAAUUCACCUUCACAUUUCAAUGAUGUUUUCAAUCGUCUCGUCAACAGAUGACCCUCUUUUAUGGAAUCAGUCAUUUGGUUUUGAAGAAGCGUUGAUAUCCUGCAGCGAGGAAGUAUUGAUGAGGCCAGGCGAAUCCAAACUUGAAAAUCGUACGGUUAGACAGGCUGACGGAAAUUUUAUUAGAUGUAACAGAAACGUGGCAGUCCCACCCAAGUCUUCUUCAAGUAACAACUGCAAUAACGCUGCCAUUAACAAACAUUUCGCGUGUUCCAAAUCGUAUCAUCCAACCUCAAGCAAAGCUGUCAUUUCGGGGCACUCGAAUCAACCAGAAAACACGAAACGGAGGAGAGUAGAGGAACACACUGUCAGAUGAUAUGAAACGAUGCUACGGUGGCAGUAUGAAUACACGCGGGUCUGUCUCACAUGGGAAGAAUCGCGCGAGAAAGAGACACUCGAAUCGAAAAAUCAUAAGUUGAUGACGUAGUACAACAGAUAUCUGUGACCUCUCUGAUUUUUUUUCUUGCUAGGUUUUUGUAAUUUUGCGCCGAAAUUUCGACCAGUCAGAGACACUUCACGGAUGGCUGUUUUAGCUACGUUAUCGGCACGGCCGUUUCUUGGAUUUAAUCUCGGAAAUCACUUUCGUUGGAGUGAGGGGGUGGGGUGAAUUUCGACCAAUUUCUCAGAGUGGUGUCUCACUGUCGAGGUAUCGCGAGAAACGUUUGCCGUCUGAUUCCCAAAGAACAUUCAUAAAAUCACAAGAAAUUUACCAGGUAUCCUAAAACCAGGCAUGCUUUGAAGACAAUGAAAAAGUUGCACCCCAGCAUUACUACAUAUAAGUUAGUUUUUGUUUUUCAAAUUGUUGACGUUAUUGGAAAGUAACUUUUGAAUUACUUGUAUUUGGUUUUAUUUGCCUCCCAAAACAGUUUAAAAUUAGUGACACACUUCUUGCGUUUUGAUGUAAAGUAUUGGGUUUUUUUAAACAAUAGUUGCGUCGAGUCGAAUACCCAUUUAAAAUCUGUUCACUCUGCAUUGCAGGCAGAGUCUGUUUUUGUUUGUUAUCUGUUUCUUAUUUCCUUUUACCUCAACCCGCAAAGCUGUUUUAAUUUAUAUUUGUGACAAAGCAGAUGAUGGAAUAAAG